CAAAGAGGACAGCUGUUUUUACAAUGAGACUUAAGGAUUAUCUCUGCUGCUGCCUACCUGCUCCUGGGGACAACUCCAAUUAUGACGAAAAAGGCUCACCAGGGAGCACUAAGGAAGAUAACAUCUACAAGAAGAAAUCUGAUAAAGGACUCUGGAAGAGGAUGACAAACCCAAGCAAGAAAAAAAUCAGAAAAGAUGCCAAGAAGCUGAGACAUGAAAUGGCUGAUAGAAAGAGGAAGGGGGUCCAUGUCAUGGACAUCAUCUUGGAGGCCGAAGAUGAACCCAGGAAGGUCACACAUCCACUUGUGUUGAGGAAGGAGACACCUGAGGAGAAUGUGGAGGACGAAAUAAUUGGGAACGUAGUCUUCUACAAGCCCUUGGUCCACACUACCCAGAACAGCCAGGAUGUUGCUGGCCCAGUAGUGCAUGUGGGCAUGCCUGAGGGAGAGGCAGCUCAGGCCAAAGCUGAGCUUCCACUUAGUAUUGGCGUACUGGAGAUGGUGUACGCCAACUUGUCCUUGGGCAUUGACAUGGGUCUGCUGUGUCACCUGUUGCAACUUUCGAAGGACUUGCGCAAAGGAGACAGCUGCGGAGGUGAUCAGCCUUUCCAGAACAGUGAGACCCCUGUGCUGGUCCCUAACGCUGGAGAGUUGAGUCAUCUGACCAUGCAUGAGGAGAAGGCGGAGGAAGUUCUGGUUGAGGAGAAGGAGGAGGAAGAUAUGGAGGAAGAGAAGAAGGAGGAGGAAAAGGAGGAGGAAGUUCUGGAGGAGGAAAGGGAGGAGGAGGAGGAGAAGAAGGAGGAGGAGGAGGAGAAGGAGGAGGAAGUUCUGGAGGAGGAGAAGGAGGAGGAAGUUCUUGAGGAAAAGGAGGAGGAGGAGGAGAAAAAGAAGGAUGGUGCCCCCCUGGUGGAGGAGGAGGAGAUGAGGCUACAGCAGCUGACCUGGCUCCAUCGAGGAGGACUAGCUGUAUUCAACUCAGUAGCAGAGGCCUCUGCAGCAACACAAUGAAAUAUGUGUUUGCACAAUUGAGUAAUAUUUUCAAGAUAAUGAUGCAUAAACUAUAUUAUUUCAUCAAUAGGUAUUAAUACCAUUAGUAACAUUGGUAUUAAAUAUUUUAAUCAAAAUAAAUGUUUUAUCUUAAACUACCAUUUUAUUGUUCGCUGUCCUUUUUCAUGUAUUAGUCUAUGGAAACUGUUACCCCAAUAGACCCUUAGCAAGGAGUAUGCACAUUUAAAUAGCCUUUCUUCCACAUUAUGAUGCUCGGUUUGAACUGCAUCAGAUCAUCUCGACCAUGUCUACAUGCAUAGAUGGAUCGUGUUGUGACCAUGUGAUUGGCUGAUCAGAAAUUUGCCUCAAUGAACAGUUGUAGCAUGUGUUCCUAAUAA